AUGAUUCGCCGUCGCCUGCACCGCGGCGGCGAUCGAUCGCAUCUUCAUCGCGGCUGCGGCCACCACGGCGGCGUCGCACUCGCGCUUGUAGUCCUGCCCGCCCACGAACGUCGGGUUCGCCUUCCACCCGGCGGAGGGCGGCGCGCGCGCGGACGCGGACGCGGACGCGGACGCCUUCGACCGCGCCGCCGCCGCCACGUCGGGCGUCGUCACGGGUUUCGACGCGAACUCGAGGAGAUCCGCCGCCGCCGCCGCCGCCGCCGCCGCCACCUCGCUCGACACCGCGUCCGCGGCGUUCGCCGCGGCUGUCUCGCGCGCGACGUCGCGCCACCCCACGAACGCCUCCCACGUCGUCUGCGUCGUCCGCAUGACGUCCAGAUCCGCGUUGAGCUUCGACAGCUCCCUCGCGGCCUCGGCGCGUCGCGCCGCGUCGACCCACCCCCGGAACGCGUCGCGCGCCGCCGCCGCCGCCGCCGAGCGAAACCCGCGCGCGUGCAUCACGUCCGCGACGGCGCGCGAGCGCCUCUCGGCGAGCGCCCCCGCGCGCCACCACGUGAACGCGGCGACGAGCGCGUUACCCGCGCGUCGUUCGUCACGCGCUGCCGCCUCCGCCGCCGCCGCGUCGGCGCGUCUCCGCGUCUCGACGUCGACGACGGCGGCCCACUCUCGAAGCGCCCGCCACGUCAGCGCGCCGUCGUCGAGCGCGAGGACGCACCCUUCCCUCGCCCCGAACGUGCGCAGGCGCUUCGAGAUCUCCGCGCGCUCGAGAAGCGCGUCGAACGCGGCUCGGAGCGUCCGCGCGACGCGCUUCGACGCGACGCGGUCGCGCGACGUCGCGAGCCGUCUCUCCGCAGCGGCGGCGACCGCUUCGUCCGUCGUCGUCGUCGUCGUCGUCGUCGUCGUCGUCCGCGGCGCGCCGCCACGCGUCGAAGCACCGCCUCGUCGUCUCCAACGCGCGGUACUUCGCGCCGACCGCGGCGGCGGCGCCCUCCGCGGCGGCCGCCCACGCCGCGCACUCCCCCUUCGACCGCGUCAGCUCCUCCCCCGCGCGCCGCAGCGCCUCGGCGGACGCGUUCUCUUUUUUCGCGACGUGCUUCUUCCACCGCGCGUCGUUCUCGGCAAUCUUCCGCCCCAGCCCCGCGGUCGUCGCCGCCGCGGUCUGCUUCGAGACCGCGAGCUCGUCCGCCUUUUUCUCGAGCGCCGCCUCCGCGGCGCGAACCGCGCCCUCCAACGCUUCGAUCUUCUCCCGGAGAUCCGCCUCCGCGCCCAUCCGCGCGACGAGGGAGACGUCCAGCUCGUGCGUCAACUCCGCAGCUUUGGCCGCCUCCGCCGCCGCGCUCUCCUCCGCCGCCUCGACCGCGCGCUCGCUCGACUCGCGCUCGCGCAGGGCGUCCGCUUUCACGCGCUCGAGCUCCGUCUUGA